GGUGGGAGAAAGGAGUCAGAGCUCGCCCCGGCCCGGGCCGCCACCGCCAUCGGGGGAGGAGACCAGAUGCCGGCAGCGCGGGGACAGGGAGCGACAAGACAAGUGGAGUGAGACCGAGGAAGGCGGAGAGGCGAGGGACUGAGAAGGGCAAGAUAGAAAGCCCAGUAUCGAGGGGUGGGAAGAUCGAAUCUCUCCCGGGGGGCCUCAGCACCCUCAUCAGUGAAAUGGGCUUUCGAUUCGGGGCUCCCGGAGGUCUCUCCUGACAAGUGUCGCGCUGAACAGAGGAAGUGCAGCAAGAGGGGGCCGGAGAGGAACACCAGAGUCCGCCGGGCCAGAGCAAAAAGAAGGGAGGGGCGCGCUUGGAGAGGGCAUAAUGGGCGGCAGAGCCAAGAGCUCAGGUAACGGGCACUUCUUGAGGAGUCUGGGAGUGGCGACUGGAACCGGGCCGGGUGGCUCUCAACGAACGCGCAGCUGAAGACCCUUAUUCUCACGCGCGGCUCACCUCGAGUCCCAGGCAAAAGCGCCUUCUGCAGCAGCGAACGCCCCCUGGAGCGCAGACCCGUGGCCGCACGUCCACACUCGGGGUGUCCUGGGUCGGGCGGGCCCAGCCCUGAUCUGCACGCACGCUGAGGUCUUCCCUGUGUGUUUGGACCCGCGGGCCUUGAAGUUGCAACCCGACAGCCCAGUGGUCUCGACUCCUUGGCCCUCUUGGGAGAAGGCACGGAACUUGGAACCCGCCGGGCGCCACAGAUCCGCCAAGCAGAACAUGGAGCAGAAGGAAGGAAAGCCCUCUGAGGACGGGGUCCCCGCCUCCUCAACCACAGGGGACCCUGGGACAUCAGGAGAUGGCUCUGCAGAGGAGGAGACCAAAGGCACAGCUGGGCAGACCGUCAAAGAGGAGCCUCCAGAAGGGGCGGAAAAGCAGGGGAAAGCACCAGGCGAAGAUGGCGUUCCCAUGGAAUGCCAGGGGGAAGCCAAUGGCUUAGGUGAGGUUGAGGUGGAAUCCCAGGGGGAAGCUAGUGGGAAAGAGGAGGCCAAAGCCCAACCUGAAAAGGAAGAUGAGGGAAAGGAAAAGGCCAUAGUGGCUUCUCAGGAGAAGACUGACAGGAAAGAAGAGACCAAAUCUGAACCCAAGGAGGCUGAGGUAAAAGAGGAGGACACGCAGGCCUCAGAGACGCAGAAGACUGAUGAGAAAGAGGCCGAGCCUGAGUCUAAGGGGAAAGCUGAGGUGAGGGAUGAAGACAAGCCAGAGCCCAAGGAGGCCGUUGGGGAGGAGGCUGCCAACAAAGAGACCAAGACUGACUCUCAGAAGAAGCCUGCUGAGAAAGAUGAGGCUAAGGCCGAACCUCAAGAGGUUGAUGGGAAAGAAGAGGCUGAACCUGAAGCAAAGGAGUUGGUGGAGCCAGGGGAUGCCACUGCAGAGCAAGAGCGGAAUGAGGAAGAGUCCCAGGAAGGGGCAGCAGUGAUACCCAGCUCCCCUGAGGAGUGGCCUGAGAGCCCCACAAAGGAGGGCCCCGAGCUCAGCCCAGAUGGAUUGGGUCCAGACUCUGCAGCUUCUGGAGAGACCAGUCCUUCCGCCAGUGAGUCUUCACCCAGCGAUGUGCCCCAGAGUCCCACGGAGUCCCCUCCUUCAGGGGAGAAGAAGAAGGAGAAGGCACCGGAGCGCAGGGUGUCAGUCCCAACCCGGCCCCGGGGACCCCGUGCACAGAAUCGCAAAGCCAUUGUGGACAAGUUUGGCGGGGCAGCCUCGGGCCCCACUGCCCUGUUCCGGAACACUAAGGCAGCAGGGGCAGCCAUUGGUGGGGUCAAGAACAUGCUGUUGGAGUGGUGUCGGGCCAUGACAAGAAACUAUGAGCACGUGGAUAUCCAGAAUUUCUCCUCCAGCUGGAGCAGCGGCAUGGCCUUCUGCGCGCUCAUCCACAAGUUCUUCCCUGAUGCCUUUGACUACGCGGCGCUGGACCCCACGAAGCGCCGGCACAACUUCACCCUGGCCUUCUCCACUGCAGAGAAACUGGCGGACUGUGCCCAGCUGCUGGAGGUGGAUGACAUGGUGCGGCUGGCAGUGCCAGACUCCAAGUGCGUCUACACCUACAUCCAGGAGCUGUACCGCAGCCUGGUGCAGAAAGGGCUGGUGAAGACCAAGAAGAAAUGAGCUGACCGGCCGCGUGGGUGGAGGUGGCGGGGUGCCCAGCACCAGCCUUAACUGCAUUAAAAAUACUUUCGUAAAACCCUGUCUCGUCCCC